CCUCUUAUCUCCUGAUAAGACAUAUCAUGUGGAGACUCUGCACAUGUUCAGUUUGGUGUGUAUUGCUAGAGAAUUUUGUUUUUCUUGGGAGAGUGCAUGUGAUCACCACAGAGCCAAUCAGCACUGUCCAGACAAUGGGUCAGGGGUUCUGCAUCCUCCUAGAGCAGAAUGAAAACUCCUGCUACAAGCUUUAGCAUGUACUCUGUUGAACACUGAUAAAAGUCACAAGACUGCUCUAACUGCUGAUGAGAAAAGGUAUUUAGUUUAUAUUUUCUAAAAUAAUUGCACUUCCAUGCACUUCCAUGUUGUGUGUACUGUGGGAGAUCAGAUAUAGUGAAUGCAGAGUCAUGG